GCUUUCGUGUUAUUUACGUGGAACAGAACACCUAACCAACUCCACCUGUCUGUAUUAUUCAACAUUUCUGUGUGACAUAAUCCUUCGCCUCGAAGGGACAACGCCAUGUGAUGAACUCAGCGGCUGCGACGACCGAAGAUGUCAAGUAAAGUUCAACGCAAGGUAACAGUGGAGAAUGUAAAGGAAAGCGGCGACGGCCCCAGAAGACCGAGUGUUUUUGAACGACUAGGGCCCGGUGCUGUGACUAAUCAAGAGAGGCGCAGUCGUGACGAUCCAGGGGAGCAGUGCAGGAACUGGAUGCGCAGUGGGGCCUGCUCCUUUGGGUCCAAGUGCCGAUACCAGCAUGAGGCAUAUCCACCAUCUUCAUCAUCCUCCUCAUCCUCCAGGCUGCCAAAGUCUGAGAGGGACUCUUCUCAGAAAGAUCUAAGGCAUAAAGUGCGCCACAAACAAGAUUUCAAGGAAUCGGACAGCCGGUCACCAUCCCCAAAGAGGAGAAAGGUAUCUACUAGCAGUGGCGCUGGCGGCGGCAGUGUCACUGUCACCACAGCAGUAGUGGUGGGAAGCAGUACUGGAGGUGGCAGCAGCCGCAGCCGGCGCACAGAUGCCGAAAGCAAGAUCAAGUCGCAAGUGGUGGUGACUCGACCACGGAGCCCAUUGUCGGGCGAGGAUGAAACCUCAGAUGGACUUCUGGACUGCGAGGAGGACAACCUAGAGCUGAAGCGGCAGCAGCUGCAGCGGGAGCUGGACCUGCUUCAGAAGGACAACCAUCCAUCAAGCAGUGGCAGUGCUGGCAGCAAAGGAGGUGCUGGAAGUGGUGGCACAACCACCGCCACUGCAGCAUUGCCGCCUCCUCCAAGUCAAACACCGGGUACCACCAAGAGUGCACACUCGGCGCAACCCACACAGCAGGGCCAGCCAAGCGGCAGCAGUGAAUCAUCGAGCGAGUCGGACGAUUCAUCGUCGUCGGACUCUUCGAGUUCCAGUUCCGAUGAUGAAGACGCGACGAUGACAUCGGCCGGUCGGGCAGUGGAGUGCUCGCACUGCCACCGCCAGUCACAGAAGGCCACGACACACCGAGGCCAUCGGGGGAAUGCGGAAGAGCGCGGUGCCACUGCACACCGCUCCGUCGAUGGCAAAGAGCAGUCCAACAAAGGGCCACCUCCACCAUACCCACCUGGAAAACCGCGAAAGAAAAAGAAGUCUGGCAAGAGGCGCAGGGACCGAGAGAAGCAGCUGAGAGCUGAGCGUGCCCGUGUUGCCCAGUCGCAUGGUGCUGCACCAUUUCCGGAGAGCCCGUCGCCAGAACGGCCGCUGUCGCCUCCGUCGUCACGCCACCGUGGGAACCGCGAAGGAGGCGUGCGUGGUGCGCCACCCUCAUCACGCAGUGGGCGUUAUGGGCCGCCUUCCUCUGGCCGCUCCCCUCCUCCUCCACGUGAUGCUACAGCUGUUGCCCCUGGACACAGGAGCACUGGCCCUCCCUCCAAACGACCUCGCCGAGAGUCGCCACCGCCACCCCCUUCUUCCAACCCCCCUCAAGGAGACAGUUCUGUUCCUCCGCCCCCACCAGCUGCUCCGCCAUCCCAGCUGUCGUCGAGAGAUUCUCGAAAGAAAGACAGCGACCGUCAUGGGCGCCCAGAAGACUAUGGUGGGAGAAGUGACCCUAAAGGCUACGACGGGCGUUAUGAUGCUGAUGCGUCGCGAAGUGGACGCAAACGAGGAGAACCUGGUCAUGCAGACCAGCCACCGCCACCACCUCACAGAGGUAGCCGGCAUGAUCCACUGCCUCCUGAAGAGGGUGACAUGCUUGAGCCAGGUGAGGUGCUGCCAGAGCACACGGAACGUUAUGUCAGUGAGCGAAACCGCUACGACCAGGGCAGGGGCCGUGAUGGACGCAGAAUGGAUCACCAUCGCUCACGGUCACCGUCUCCCGCCCUGGCCGGCCUGCCACCACGCAGUCGCAUGGACAUGGAUAUGCAUCGCAUGGACUAUCCGCACUCACCCCGCUCACGAAACCAAGACGGCAGGAGCAAGUCAGACUUGAGGGGCUCUGAUGGACGACGCGGUGAUCCUUACAUCAGAGGGGAUCCAAGGGGGGACCCAAGGGGAGACCUAAGGGGUGAAUUAAGAGCGGAUCCAAGAGGGGAUCUCAGGGGUGAUUCUAGGAUCGACCCAAGAGACCCCAGAGAUAUCAGGGUGGAUGCCAGGGGAGACGCAAGAGGCGAUCCGAGAGGCGACCUCAGAGACCUGCGUCGAGACCCUCGGGGAGGAGAUUCACGGGGAGACCUCAGAGGCGACCCGAGGUGUGACUCUAGGGGCGACCUGCGUGGGGGUGACCCGUACCGCCGAGGAAUGGAUCUGCGGGGUGACCAGGGCAAGCAGGAUCUUCGCGGUAGUGACUACCAUGGUCGUGGCGACUACCACGGACGAGGCGACCUAAAGCCAGAUUAUCACGGUAGAGGCGACCCCUACUCCAGGGGUGGUGAAGGCCGAGUCCCGUUGGACCCCUACGGGCGCUCUUCCGACUAUCGUGAUGGCCGUGAUCUGCACCCGCGCAUGGACUUGCGGGGAAAAGACCUGCCCCCACCGCCGCGCAUGGACCGGGGCGACCUUCCGGGAUACGACCCACGUUCCGAGGACUACGGGCGCUUGGCCGAGGACUACUAUGCGCGCAUGGACCGCCGAGACUACUAUGCCGAUGGCUACGGGCCGCACCGCUCGGAGCUGCGAGACCGGGGGCCGCGAGACCUUCGUCGGCCGGAGCACGUGAGCCGCAUGGAUGUCCGAGGUGGAGGGGAGCCGCACCUGAAGGGUCGCCUGGAACCCGGCGGAAGGGGCGAGCACCGUCGCAAUGACUCGCGGGGCCGCGAUGAACGUGGGUACGGGUUGUCUCGCCUCGAGCCAUCCAGCUCUCGCAGCCGGGGAGACCCAAGAAGCAGCGACGACGGACCCAAGGCUGGUGGCCGCGGUGACCCGUACGAGCGCGGGGAACCGCCGUACAGGGGCGGCGGAGAUCCCGGCCACAGGGGCGACCCGAGGGGCUCGGAUUCCAGGGGGGAUCCCGGGAGGAGAGGUGGUGGAGAUUACAAGGGCCGCGGGGCCGCUCCUUCCAGGAUUGACGACUCUGGUCCAAGCCGUUACAGCAGAAGGGAAGCUGACCCACUCCUCGACUCCAGAGACUCGAGGCCGGGUUCAAACCGAGAGGGACGCGGGGGCGGACGGUCACGUUCCGUUUCGCCCAAUCGCGGUUAUGACAGAAGGAGGCCGCCAGCUAGGAGCACCAAGGAGGUGUCCAAGCGCGGCGAGGGAGAUGUCAAACCUGAAAUUGAUGAUGUCAGGGAAGGCGGAUCGGGGGGCAGCCGUGGUUCAUCUCCACGACGUGCCCGUGAGAAGGCUGCGGCAACCAAAACUAGCCGCAGUAGCAGCCAGGACGAAGCUGCCGAGAGACCUGACCAGUCACCUGAUACCGGCAUGCCUGAAGCGGCAGUUCCUAAGGUGGAGGUGGCAUCCCCCGUGAGCGAGGAGAGUGGCGGGGAGUCACCCACCAAGGCUGAGAUCUCUGACAGCAGCAAGCACAUGGUGCUCGUCGAGGAGUGCAAGUCUGAGGACGACAAUGAGGAGGGCCAGGAAGCAAAAGCUGGUGCAGGAGACACAUACAGCGACUGGAGUGAUGACGAUGAUGAUGACAUCCUCACCAGGGGUGAGCAGGCAGCAGACCUUGACAAAAAAGAUGUAUUAUCUGAUGCUCACAUGGACACUUCCAGUCGAGACAAGCCAGAAGAAGCUGGAGACCCUAAUCUAAUUGAGGUCGAUGCGGUGCCCAUCAGUCCUGAGGAGUCUCCACGUUCAGUUCAAGGAGAAGGUACCACUGCCCUGGAAGACGAGUUUGAUCCUAUCAGUGAUGAUGAACUAGAAGCCCUCAUCGAUGAGAACCAGGAGAAAGAACCAGCUCCCGAGCCCGAACCGGCCAUCUCAGACGUGCUGGACAUCGACUGGUCGAUCUUGGUGAAGGAGAGCAGCCGGCCCAAGGAUGGCACCGUGAGCGAGAAGCGUGGCUCUGCCCGCGAGCGCUAUUCGGGAGCCCGUGUGCUGGCACGCAUCGGCAUCUCACGAGACUUGGCUGGCGAAGAGCUUGCCCAGCAAGUGGUCGAAUUCUGCCAGAAGGAGCUGGCCAAUGAGAAGAAGGAACCAGAUGAGCAAGGUGGAGGAGAAGGAGCAGGGGCAGGGAACGAGGCAGCACAGAAGGAUGGAGAUUUCCAGCUGGAAAACCUGACGGCAGGCUUUCACGCGGCUGCUGUGGCGGCACGGAGGCAACAGAACCUGGCACUAGAGUCAUGCGGACGCUACUGCCGCGCCCUCUCAGCACGCCGGGACCUGAUGUUGCGCCGGGCACUCUGCAAGGUGUAUGAGCCAAGUUCCACAGAGCCAGCUGCGAAUGUGGAUUUGCAGUUGUACAGGCGCAGCCUGCAAUUGUACCAGUCUCGUACCCAGGUGCAGCUCGCAUGUUAAACCUGCCCCUCCCCUUCUUCUCAGGCGCUACAUCCGCGUUUCCACUUCGUAGGUGCGAAACAUCACAUACGCUAACAUUAGUUUCUUCAUCUGUCGCUUACCUCUGCCGAACAAUUGCUCCUUGUUUAGCUCUGUUUUUGCUUUUUCUGUGCCUUCACAAUACAAGUAUAGAUGACGGUUUGAGCUGUGGUGAAUAGGUUACAUUUUGUCAGUCAUCUUUAUUAAACUC